AUGUUAGCGCCAAAGCUCAAGACUAUCAAGAUAAGGGGCUGUUGGAGCCUCAGGCGCUUGCCCGCCGUUGCCAAGCAAUACCCCGAAGUGGACUGCGAGAAUGAUUGGUGGGACAACUUGGAGUGGGACAAGGGGGAUGCAAACCACCACCCUUCGCUCUACAAGCCCAGCCACUCGAGGUACUACAAGAAGGCCCAACUGCCGAGAGGUACUGUACUCAGGUGA